AUGGCGAAAUCCAGCGGAAUAUCCAAGGAUGAUCUGGAGAUCGUGUGCCAGGAGAAGGGUGUGGAUAUCCCUUUCAACGCGUCCAGAAGCGUCAUGAAGGCGGCGCUCAUGAGCAUGGUGGAGGCUUAUCGGGCAGAGGUGGAAAGCACUAACAGCGUCAGCAUCGAAGAGGACGGCCCAACAGUGGACCUUCCGUGUCCAGACUUAGGAGAAAGUGAGGGCCGCAGGCAGGAGUUUAGGGAAGCUCAGCUCUCUGACCCAUCCCUGGAAGGACCGUACACGGUCGCAAAAUGCCUAAGCGACAUCACCUACGUGGUGUCAUUUGACAGCGAUGGUAGGAGACAGCGUAUCUACCAUGAAAACAUGUUAAAGGCAUGUCACGAGCGUGUGGAGUCGGUAGCCGUUGUGUGCUGCCUGCCGAUGGAGGAACCAGGAAAGGAUUCCAUUCCCGACCUCCUCGCGGAUGCCAAGGGUGAGGGUGGUGUAGAGGAAGUUAGCUGGAGCAGUGAGCUUGGUAACCCCAAGAGGGAGCAGCUGGAGUCAGUGCUGCAGUCCUUUGAGGCCCAGUUCAGCAGGAAGCCCGGCCUGACUUCCCUACAUGCCUAUCAUGUAGACACUGGCGAGAACAGGCCGAUUCGGCAACCCGCGUAUCGGGACUCACCAGAGGCGCAGGCGAGUAUCUACCAAGAGGUGCAGGAGAUGUGUGCCAUGGUCCCAGACCUCUCCGGCGACCACGGCAGUGAGGGCAGCCCCCGGCGCGCUGAGAAGAGUGUGCGCACCGGGGGAGAGGGGAACCGCUGCAGCCUUGAGAUCAGUUCCCGCUGCAGCCAUCAGAGGAUGGACAAGCACAGGAGUCACAGGACAGAGAGGAUAAUAAAUAUCACCCUGGAGAUCAUCUACCUGCUGACUGGGGAGGGUGAAGCCCAAUUAAAUAAUAUUAAAGUCAAAGAUACAGAGGGAGAAGAAGAGACGUGUGUGACUGAUAUAAAGGCAGAAGAUAUAGAGGGAGAAGAAGAGACGUGUGUGACUGAUAUAAAGGCAGAAGAUAUAGAGGGAGAAGAAGAGACGUAUGUGACUGAUAUAAAGGCAGAAGAUAUAGAGGGAGAAGAAGAGACGUAUGUGACUGAUAUAAAGGCAGAAGAUACAGAGGGAGAAGAAGAGACGUAUGUGACUGAUAUAAAGGCAGAAGAUACAGAGGGAGAAGAAGAGACGUAUGUGACUGAUAUAAAGGCAGAAGAUAUAGAGGGAGAAGAAGAGACGUAUGUGACUGAUAUGAAGGCAGAAGAUAUAGAGGGAGAAGAAGAGACGUAUGUGAGGGGUGAUCAGCAGUGUAAGGAGAAGGAGAUCCCUACAGAUAUCAGCACAGAUGGACACACAAGCAGGAACAUCUCAGAAGGACAUCUAAUGUUAUCCCCGGAUUGUGACAUAAAAGAUAAUGACAGUAGACAGGAUUCUCCGGGAGAUAACCCCAUUACCCCAAUUAUACAUCCAACUAUAUCAGCUGAUCCCUCUGAUCCUGGGAAAUGUUCUCCUGAUCACUCUGAUAUUGGUGCAUCUGUUACAGCUCUGAGAGUAGAUACAGUGUUUCCCUGUUCUGUAGAUGCCAAAUGUUUUACACAGAACACAAAGCUUAUUAACCAACAGACAGGUAAGGCAGGUGAGAGGCCACUGAUAUGCUCUGAGUGUGGGAAAUGUUUUACGCACAAAUCACAUCUUGUUAUACAUCAGAAACGUCACACAGGCGAGAAGCCAAUUUCUUGUUCUGAGUGUGGGAAAUGUUUUGCGCAGAAAUCACAUCUUGUUAUACACCAGAGAAGUCACACAGGUGAGAAGCCAUUUUUCUGCUCUGAGUGUGGGAAAUGUUUUGCACGGAAAUCAGAUCUUGUUAGACAUCAGAGAAGUCAUACAGGUGAGAAUCCAUUUUCUUGCUCUGAGUGUGGGAAAUGUUUUGCACUCAAAUCAGAUCUUGUUAGACAUCAGAGAAGUCACACAGGUGAGAAGCCAUUUUCUUGCUCUGAGUGUGGGAAAUGUUUUGCACGGAAAUCAGAUCUUGUUAUACAUCAGAGAAGUCACACAGGUGAGAAUCCAUUUCCAUGUUCUGAGUGUGGGAAAUGUUUUACAAUCAAAUCAGAUCUUGUUAGACAUCAGAGAAGUCACACAGGUGAGAAGCCAUUUUCUUGCUCUGAGUGUGGGAAAUUUUUUGCACAGAAAUCAAAUCUUAUUAAUCAUGAGAGAAGUCACACAGGUGAGAGGCCAUUUUCUUGCACUGAGUGUGGGAAAUGUUUUGCACGGAAAUCAGUUCUUUUAAGACAUCAGCAAACUCACACAGGUGAGAAGCCAUUUUCUUGCACUGAGUGUGGGAAAUGUUUUGCACAGAAAUCACAUCUUAUUCAUCAUGAGAGAAGUCACACAGGUGAGAAGCCAUUUUCUUGCUCUGAGUGUGGGAAAUGUUUUGCACAGAAAUCACAUCUUAUUCAUCAUGAGAGAAGUCACACAGGUGAGAAGCCAUUUUCUUGCUCUGAGAAAUAAAUCAUCUCAUGUUGCACACAAUAGACAUCACUCAUAAUAAACUUACCUGACCCUUGCCUGGAAACGUCCAUGUAUGAAGGUAUGGGAGAUACCUGCUGCAGUCCCUUCUACUUACAUUUGGGAGGUACGGUUGUUUUGUGGGAAGUACAGCAAAUAGUAAAUGAUACAUUGGCUCCAUAACGUCUCGCUGACCCUCUGAUUUUUACAAAGGCAUGUUACACAAAAUGACAUUUGCAUUAACAACCAUUAAUUAAACAAAAACACAACGCAAUUUUUCCCCAAAAAACUUUAUCUAUAAAAAAAAUAUAUUAAAAAAUUGCCAAUUCUGGUCUUCCUUCAUUGACUCUAUCAGGAGAACAAGAGCCUUUUUUGCAAGGACUGUGCCAACAGUAGCCAGUAGAGGAAUCAGGCGUAUCCCACAGAAUAUCUUUGCUACCACCAUACAUUGGGGAGAGAAGAUAAAGUGCAGAUUUCUGAACAUUGCUUUUAGAAAGAACUUAAGAAGUGCAUAGAUCACAAUGAUCACAAGUCCGGGACAAUGAGGUCAAGAAACCAACGCUGGGGUACUAAUCACCUCAAUACAGGACACUUGGAGCAAGAGACUAGGGUAAGGGCAACAACAAUUUUUGAAACAACUAAAAAACCAGUUUGAAAAAAAUCUAAUAAUUUAAAAAAUGAGUAUCGUCCAGUACAGAGGACUGUGUACUCAGCAUGUCUAAGUACGUACCACUGGACGACGCGCUGGAGUGGGAGGAGGGGGUGGGCUGUGUGGGUCCUGGCUGAAAACAGCUCGAUUGUUGAGGGUUUCCUGGUGCAUACUGCAUGGGUUGGUGAUGUGGGUAGGUGGGUGGGGUCACAUUUGGGGGACAGCAUCUGGCAGGUGGUGUUAUCUCACAUGCCUUGACAAGACACUCAUCAUUUGCAUGUCAGAUAGCAUCAAGUACCAGAUGCUUGUAGAUCUUCUUUUGACCCUCAUUCAUCAGUCGCAUCUCCGCCGCGAUGUAAUUGCCAAGUUUGCUCCAGUCCAGGGCCCUAUUAAGAACCUCCUCAACGUGAGUAAACAACUGUUGUGAUCUGGGCGGGGCAGAAGUUGGUUUCCAGAUGAACUCCGCUGUUUCAGGGGUCGUGGCUGUGGGGUUGGGUUGUCCACUUCAGUUGCCUCACUCAUGGUAGACUCCACUUCCAACUCCGGUGUAAUAUCCUGCAAUAUAAAACAAAACUGAACUCCAUGUAAAAAUGUGUGUGUACAAUACAAUACAAAUGUGUGUGUAUUUACCAGAUCCAGACUCUCCGAUGUCUCCUCUUCCACAAGAGUGGGAGAAUCCGGAUCCAGAUUACACUGUGACCUUAUCCUUGGCUCUUGCUCCAAAGUGAUUUUCAUGAGGUCAUAAAACCACAGCGUUGGCUUGUAAACCUCAUCCGUCCCGUCUCCUGAACGUUGUGAAUACAUGUACUUCUUGUGCUCCUAUAAAAACACUGUUAGCUGUUCCUGUCUCUAUUGUAUCUGAUCAGCUGGUCAUAUGCCCGAUUCCUCUGUGUCCUGUUGGCAUAGUCCACGCUUAUCACACGGCACAGGAACUCGUUCUCGUGAUACAAUUCAAUGAAUUCAGACCAGAAUUUGUGAUUUUCCUCUGCUGACACAUCUGUGGGAAAAAUAUUAUACACAAUUUAUCUACAAAGUACAAGUGUAAUGUACACACCUAUGUCAUACAACCUGUAUAGUAACGCACAAAUAGCAACUUCAUUUAUGAGCACCCAGCUGAAAAUAGAAACCCAUCUCCAGCACCGUUACACAUUAUUACACACUGUUAUGCCCAUUACAUCUAAUGCUACACACCGUAAUGCUCAUUACACAUUAUUACACACCGUAAUGCCCAUUACACCUAAUGCUACACACUGUUAUGCCCAUUACACAUUAUUACACACCGUAAUGCCCAUUACACCUAAUGCUACACACCGUUAUGCCCAUUACACAUUAUUAUACAUCCGUUACACAUUAUUACACAGUGUAAUGCCCAUUACACAUUAUUAUACAUCCGUUACACAUUAUUACACAGCGUAAUGCCCAUUGCACAUUAUUACACAGUGUAAUGCCCAUUGCACAGUAUUACACAUCCGUAAUACCAUUAACAUAUUAUGCUGCAAACCGUUAUGCCCAUUACACAUUAUUACACACCUAUGCCCAUUAUACAUUAUUAUUAUUGCGCUACUUGUAAUCGGUCUACCUCAUUCAGUGGGAUAACAGCAGAUGUCAUUUUUUUUUUUACAUUUUUUUUUUUUCAAUUUACAUGAACAAAAUAAGACAUAAAAGACAAAGUCAUAUUAGAAAAAUUUAGCACGACCGACACAUGAUUUACAUCUAGCAUAGAAAUUUCCAAAAUAAAGGGAAAACAUCUUUUCCAGAAGUGUGUUGUAUAUAGCAAUAAGCUCUCAUUAGGGGUUAAACUAAAUAGGCAUAGUGAUACUGUAUUUUUCAGCCGGCAGUACGCCUUUGACGUAUUUAUCGUACAGAUUCUGUAUAACAGUAAAAAUAUAUAGACAAACUAACAAAGAACAUAAGAAGGAAAGAAAGAAAGAAUAGAGAGGGGGGAUUUGAGGGGGUUGGAUGAGGGGUAGUUUGGGGUUUGUCUCCUAAAUCUGCCAGGAUCCAUCGAUAUAUCGUAACUGACUUAACUUCAAACUAUUCAGCAAUUGUAUUGAUUCAGUAAAUACUUAAAGGGGGAGCAGCUAUCCACCUAAACAUCUCAGAAAUACUUGUGACCUAUAGCUAAGGUUAUCUAGACGUAUCUAGGGAGACAUAGAUGUGGGCUUGCAUCUCCAUUGUUUCAGCAAAUACUUAAAGGGGGAGCAGCUAUCCACCUGAAACAUCUCAGAAAUACUUGUGACCUAUAGCUAAGGUUAUCUAGACGUAUCUAGGGAGACAUAGAUGUAGGCUUGCAUCUCUAUUGAUUUUGAUGAAAUGAAAACUCCCCACUUCCGGAGAAAGUUCAAAUCUUUCUCCGGGUUGUCUUGAGUCGUCUCAUAUCGAUCAUAAUACAUAUACCUCAUAAGGAGAUCAUCUACCUCUCUCAGUGAUGGAGUGUGACUAGAGAUCCAAGAAUUCAUAAUCACUUUUUUUGCCACUGUCACAAGGUUCAUCAGAAAAGGAAUCGAGAGUUAGACACCCCCAAUUUCCAAUUGUCAAAUGAUCGAAAAGUAGGGGACUAGGGUCCAAAUUUACAUGUAGUGCUAGAGUGGAGUUUAUAUAAGAAACUACUUUAUACCAAAACUUUUUAAUUUUUCUGCAGUUCCAUAUAUUAUGAAAUAUUGUCGCUGAGGGAGCACCACACUUUGGACAUCGUCCAGAUACGUCCUCCAUGUAGUGCUUUCUCUGACCUUGGGCCACAUAUGCUCUAAAAAGCAUUUUGACAUGAACCUCCUGUAAGACGGAGGCUCUUAGUGUCCUAAGGGUUCUGUCAUAAUAUUUAAAUAAGGUAUUGUCCUUUAAUAAAGAUGGUAUAUCCUUAAACCAG